AUGACAGGCGGUCCCUGUCUCCUAAACUGGAUCGAACGAGGCUGUUGGGAACAAAAGGACUUGUCCACUGCUCUCAGUGACCUUGUGUCGAGACGCAAGUUGGGAAGACGCAUCAUUGCGACCAAUACGCACGGUUAUCCGUUGAUUGGCGAUGUUUUGAUACAUACCCAACUUGAAAAGCAUCAGGACAGGGGUCAUACAAAAGAAGCAUCGUUUGGCCCAAUCACAGACUCUGCCGUCUCGCAACAUAUCAAGCCACUUAGUGUGCGUGCUGAAACCCCAUCUAUCCACUUGCACACCGGACCAAGGCUGCAUGACGCUCGGGCAAGCUUUGGCGACGCAAGUCGGCUGAGUGUGUGUGCUAGCGGGCCGAAGAAAGGUACCUUCGUUAGUAUUUGCGGCGCGCUGAUCGAUCAUAUUCGACAGCACCGUCAACAUCUCUCGACCAUAUACACUUCACACUGUAUCCCCAUUCUCUAUCAUCAGACUUCACCUGAUAAGGCCAUACUCGUGUCAAUAACGUUCGUGGUUGUUGUUUCUGGUAGUCGUCGGCCUGCUGUGAGACCGCUGAUCAGGCUCUGGACGUCUGAACUCACGAUAGCCGAGCAAGUCUUCUCGUUGGACACUCCACAAGGCUCGCCUGGAAACUGCCACGGGACAGUGUCGUUUGUCCGGAAGUGUGUCGACUACAAAUCUUCCUCUAACUUCCACGACAUUUACGUUUCAUCAUUCAACCUAUUCUCUGCCUUCUCAAGCCCCCAUCCUUGCCAGAUACCGAUAUCAUCUUUACUGAAUCCGUUUUGUACCGACAGCUCUCUCCAUGGUAGUCCCGAGCCACCAACACGACUAUCUCGUCCGGUGGUCACCGCUGGCCUUUCAAGACGACAGAGAGUUCCGAAAGAUGCUCCGGUCUUCACCGAGGGUAACAAGACUGUUGGACACGUCAACUUUCCUCCACAUGAAGCUGGUUAUGAUCAGCAUCUGAAGGACCAGCAUCGUAGAUUCCAAGUCUUUCCCGCGGGCCAGAUUUCCAGGAAGGGUGUCCGGCACAUCCCAUACAAUAGUGACAAGAAGGACUUUCUGGAAAAGACAGGCCGAGACGCUUUUGAGAUGUUCCAGUACACGUACAAGCGGCCUAGCGACGACAAGGAGUACGUGGUGGUGUGGGAUUACAAUAUUGGCCUCGUUCGUAUGACGCCCUUCUUCAAGUCAUGCAAGUAUGCCAAGACGAUACCGGCCAAGGCGUUGCGAGAGAAUCCCGGCCUUAAGGAUAUCAGCUACAGCAUAACAGGAGGUGCUCUAGUGUGUCAAGGUUACUGGUUCCCGUAUGAAGCAGCGAAAGCAGUUGCUGCGACCUUCUGCUACGAUAUUCGUUGGGCGCUCACCCCAGUCUUCGGCGCCGACUUCCCUGACCUAUGUAUUCAUCCCCACGACCCUCGGUACGCAAAGUUUAUCAUCGAGCCAGCCAUAGUACGACACUGCACCAGGGAGACAAAGCGAUUUCGAGAAGAAGGGCCUUCGUACCUUCUCGCCACGGAGGCUUCAAAUUCUUACCAUCCGAGAGAUCGGAUGGAGAGACGUGUGCGACCAACGGAUAUUGAGAGCGGAUACGGGACUGAUACAGAUCGGAGCGACAAGUACUAUUGCUCGCCCCAGGUGUCUCCUCGUAGUCAGUUCACUCCCAUUAACAGGUCACUAUCGCCAAGAUCGCCAUACCCAGCCGACUUUUUCACCGUAGCCUCACCAGUUCGUACACAAUACCAACAAGGGACACUUGCCUGUACUUCAGUUCCCAUCGAGUACGGUGAGGGGUCAUUCCGGACGAAGCGAACCUUGUCCAAAGUAGCUUUCAGUGACAAUUGUGAUGACGAUCAGCAGUCCCGCCCACCUACAGCCGCCACUGUUGAUAGCUGCCACAGCGGGCGAACAUCUGGAGGCUCAGAUGCUGUUGUCACUCAGUACAGAUAG